AUGCGCUCAAUUUUCUUCCUUGCCAUCCUUUUGGCCUCGACGUGUGCGACGGUCCAGCUGAGCGGCCAGGUGAAGGCGUUCGUCCAGAAGCUGCUCAAUAAGGUCACCACGCCGAAAUUCUUCACCGUCACCGACAAGUUGAUUUGCGAUGUUGGCAACGACACCGCCACCUGGGCCGCCCAGAAUUGCGCGCUUUCUGAGCUUAUUGACAAUAUGAGCGCCAAGGGCUCCUCCUAUCAAAACACGCUCAUCACGACCAAAGCCAGCCUGGCCAACUACCUGUUCACUUUCAUCCAAUGCUUGAGCGAUUGCAAAGACAACGGCCUCACCGACUUCAUCAAGGGCACUAUCGGGUUCGCGCUAUCAAACACGCUGACGAAGCCGUACAACACGUGCGUGACGCAAAAGGUGCCGGCCAUGAUCAGCGCGGGCAAGACGAUUCUGCAGCGCCAGGAGCAGUGCAGCAAGUGCGGCGUUGCCGCGAUGACGGACGACUUGAUCACCAAAGUUGUUAAGACGACGAUGCAGCGUACCUUCGUGAAUACGUGGACUAAAUGCGUGCGCCCGCUUAUCACCUGCGGCAUGCUGAACAUCACCCAGUACAUCCCGACAGCUGGCCCCGAGAAGACGUGCCUGGCCACGGGACCCUCCAAGCUGUGGACC